GUUAAAUUCAUGUGCUCAUUGAAGCCAGAGUUCUCUAUAUUAUUUGUUAUAACAUUUUUCAGUUUAGUUGCCUGUAUAAAUUAAAAUUAUGGGAAAUUUUAAGUUCGACAAAGACGUGGCGAAGAAGCUAUUUGCUGAGUGUACUGGAACUGCAAUUGCCAUAACACUAGGAUGUUCCUUAUUUACCACUGGAACUAUUAUUACUAUUCAAGAUAACACAGCGCCAGCCAUUGUCUGGGGAUUUGCAUAUUUAACAGCAGUCCAAAUUUUUGCGUUUCUGAGUGGCGCCCACCUGAAUCCGGCUGUCAGUGGUACAGCGGCAAUUGUUGGAGUUAUGGAGUGGAAAAUGAUGCUCUUCUAUAUGCUGGCACAGUUUAUUGGCGCCUUCAUUGGCAUCGCAUUGUCCUUUGCCGUUGCACCGUCGACCACGAACUUAUGUCUCUCGUACGGAUCCAGCGAAAUGAAAAUAUUCGGCGUCGAGCUGUUUGCUACAAUAUUUCUGUUAUUUACCUAUUGCGCAGCAUGGGAUACGCGCAGUGAGAACGCGUACGAUACUCUGCCCCUUCGCGUCGGAUUCAUAAUUGCAGCUUUGUCUUUCGCAACGAAUUCAAUUUCUGGAUGCCAUCUCAAUUUCUUCCGUACUUUUGUGGCCGUUCUUAUGAACGGGAAAUGGGAAAUUUUGUGGCCUUACUUCGUAGCCCAUUUAAUUGCCGCUUGUGCAGUCGGUUGUUUGUGGCGUUUCCUCGUCGCCAAGGAAAAGCCAGAGCCAAUGACAUAGAUAUUUAUUAAGUAUGUACUAUUCCAGAAAUUGUAAAAGCUCAGGCUUAAAUUUGUAUUUAAUUUAUAAUUUUGUAAUUAAUCAAUUUUUUGAUUAAUACGUUCUAAUCAGUUUAACCUGAUAAUACUCCAUCAGUUAUAAGUUAUUUCGACUUUAGGAAAAUUAGCCACAUCUAUAUAAAGCUGAAGCCAAUACCGUAUAAAUUGAGGGUUAAAUCGGUCCAUAACAGACGUGUUGAGUAAGCGAUAUACGAUGAAUUGAGAAUUAAACAUAUGUCAUGUUCAGUACGCAAUAAAUAUCGAUAUUUAUAUGUCUAAUCUAUAUCAAAAUAUAAA